AUGUCGCUCAACGAGCCAUUCCCUCCGGAGACCACCGGUCCUCCACCGCCAAAACGGCCAAACGCGGGCACCGGCGACGAUGACGGCAUCGACGGAGUCGCAUGCACCGCCCUGUGCUCGUACUUCCCGCGAUUCACAAGGAAGCCGCGCCCGGUGAAACUCUGGAAAAGCACGCGCAAGGCGGAGUCCCCGAUUCCUCGCCGUGUCACCUCAUGGAGGCCCAGAUGGACGUCCUCGGCAUCGUGGUCCACCAUAUCAACUCGCUCCCGCCUCCCGGACACCGCCCGCAUCGGCGCCGUCUGCCGCGCGUGGCGCCGCGCGGUGGCGAACCUGCACCCGCCGCUGCCGCCGCAGAUCCCGUGGCUGCUGCUGCCAGACUUCAAACUGUGCAGCUUGUCCUCCGACGGCGCCACGGCCGCCGCCCACCGCCUCCCUCAGCCCGACGCCGGCGGGGUGGUUCCGAUCUGCAUGGGGUCAACCUACGACGGACGGGUUAUCUUGCUCAAGGAAGAGAGCUGCUUCUUGCUGAACCCUCUCUCCGGGGCCACGAACCGGCUCCCUGAUCUCCGCCUCGCCGGUCCGAGCAAAUGGUUCCCCGGAGCCGGAACCUUCGUCAAUGCAGCGUCGAAUCCAAUCAAGCCAUCGCCGCCCCGCAAGGUAGUAAUGUCCUGUCCACCUGACUCCAGCUCGGCAUGCAUCAUGGCCGGCAUCUCAGGUCUCGGGCUGUCCUGUAGAUUCGAGCCGCUGCUGGAAGAGCUAGCACGUCCGUAUCAUGCGACGCCGGCGACGCACCAUGCGACGUUCUUCCUCUGCCGGCCGGGCGAUGCCAUGUGGUCCGUGACCACUAGCCUCCGCAUGUGGUCGAAAAGCGACAUCGUCUUCCACAACGGCAAGCUCUACCUAUUCAGCAGGAAUACGUUUCCUCACAUCUGCGCCUGCGACGUCGGGGAAGAUGACGGCACGCUCAAGGUCACACGCGCCGAGAUGCUUCCCGGACCACGGCUACGCGGGGCCGGAGCCGGAGCCAUAGCGUCCGGCAGCAGCAAGUUCGUCUUCUACCUGGUGGAGUCGCGCGGGAAGCUUCUGCUGGUCCAGAGGGACUUCAGGGAGCGCAGGACGCAUGCGGUCGCGGUCUUCGCGAUGGACGAGAGCAGGGGCCGGCCGGAGUGGGCGAGGAUUGAGAGCCUGGACGGUGAGAUCGUCUUCCUGAGCGCCAAUAGUUCCAUGUCCGUCCCGUCGUCCUGGUACCGCGGCGCGCGAGGCGACCGCAUCUAUUUCAGCCAGGAGAUGUACAUGACCCUCGACGGGUGCACUCGCCGCAGGGACUGCCCUUAUCAGCACUACAAGGUGUUCGACAUGAGGACGCGCACGGCUGAGACGCUUUGCAUGGGGACAGCUCCCGAUCACGAGGCCUGGUGCACCGGCCCGACACGCCAAUGCAAACUAGUAGGUGGUUCGCUUCUGCAUCUGCAAUUCUUUGGGUGA